AUGUCGAUUCAGAUGACACCUUUCAGAGCUCUAUAUGGGUAUGAUGCACCUAACUUCAUUGAUUUGCUGAUGUCUGAUGUUAGAGUUCCACGUGCCGGGGAUUUGCUUCAAGAGAGCAAGGACAUUGUUGAUGCUCUCAAGGAUAAUAUGGCCAGGGCACAGAAUCAGUACAAGCAGUACGUAGAUCGGAAGCGGAUUGAGAGGAGUUUUGAAGUUGGUGAUAUGGUUUACCUCAUGCUUCAGCCCUAUAGACAGUCUACUCUUAAGAAGAGUGGGUCAGAAAAGCUUAAGCCGCGCUAUUAUGGGCCUUUCAGGAUUAUCAGGCAGGUAGGAGAGUUCGCUUAUGAGCUUGAGCUUCCAGCAGAUAGCAGGGUGCACAAUGUGUUCCAUGUGUCGCGCCUCAAGAAGGCAUUAGGACAGCAUGUUGUGCCUUCCACAGUGCUACCACCCUUGGAUGAUGAGGGGAAGUUGAUAUUGGUGCUAGAGUCUAUUUUGGAUAGUAGGGAGAAACAGCUCCGCAGGAGAGUUAUCAGGGAGUAUUUGGUGAAGUGGAGAGAUCUUCCUGUUGAGGAUGCCACUUGGGAGACUGAAGCCAUUCUGCAGCAUCCUGCAUUGAGAUUGCUUGAGGCCAAAGAUGUGGCAACUGAGCCACCGAUAGAAAAUGUAACAGCUGAAACAAAUGCUAAAGUUGGAAACGCUGAAACUGGGAGAGAGCAACAAACAGAACAAACUAUAGAUACAGGGAAAAUUGAUAGCAUUGGUAUUGGGCAACCCACUGAAAACAUUUCAGAGGCAAACACAGAGAAACCGGUAGAAAAUGCAGAGUCACAAGCAGAAAAACCGGCAAUGGAUACCACUGAAAAAUCAUCAGAGGCACCAUCUGAGAAACCAUCAGCGGAGAGCACAAAGAAAUAG